UCGUGCGUCGUGUGCCGGAAGGGUCGCGUGCCGCGCGUGCGACCACGUGGUCUGCCGGGUCUCCGGGAUGCGAGACUCCACGCUCCCCCGCCGCGUCGGAGCGCAGUGAAGGGAAGCAACCCAGAUGCCACCGGAAGUCCACUAAAAUUCGCCGAUCGCUCGAGGAUAUGUCCAGGAGGAAGCAGGCAAAGCCACGAUCUCUCAAAAGGGACGAAGAAUGGGACGACGCCAACGGCCGAAACGCGCCGGAUACCUCCGAUCGGAACGACCGAAGAGACCGGGCCGAACCUUUACCGAUGAAACAAGCCGAGGAGGAGGAGGAGGAAGAGGACGAGGAGCUUCAGAGAGCUUUCGGCCGACACUCCGUGGAUUAUCUGCAAGAUGGAGGGCCACCCUCGGUGCCGGGGGCGGAUCUGGAGAAUCGCAACAGCCCCGAUAGCGAGGCCUCCGGAAGCGGAAGUUCGUCCUGGAGGAGCGACUCGGGCGGCGCGGCCGGCGCGACCGGAAGGCCGGCGUCGCGUCGCGGGGAGACGCCAUCUUCUUGCGCGACGCCGACCUCGGCCAGCUUCCCCUCGGAGCCGGAAGUCGACAAUGAGCCCAACGACCCUGCGGCCCCAUAUCCCUGUCAGUUCUGCGACAGGACCUUCCCCAGGCUGAGCUACCUCAAGAAACACGAACAGAGCCAUGGCGAUCAGAUGCCGUACAGAUGUAGUUGGUGUGCCAGGCUGUUCAAACACAAACGGAGCAGAGAUCGCCACGUGAAGCUGCACACCGGGGACCGGAGAUAUCGAUGCCCGCACUGCGAAGCUGCGUUCUCCAGGAGCGACCACCUGAAGAUCCACAUGAAGACGCACGACACCCAGAAACCGUACCAGUGUACAGCCUGCUCCAGGGGGUACAACACAGCAGCCGCCCUGACAUCCCACAUGCAGUCGCACAAAAAGCACCCCACUUCUGGUGGAGGUUCGCUAUCCGGUUCGAAGGACCUGGGGGAUCCAUCCGACCCAGGUCGUCGCAGCGUGUCCUCGCACAGUGCCUCAUCCCCGCCGAUGGCGAGUUCGCCAUCCCCCAGCUCGGCUUCAAGGAACCAUUGCCCAACGAAGAAUCCCCAGCUGGCCAUCAGCACCUCGACGACGCCCAUCCUGAGCAGCCCCUUGAAGCUAGCCUGCAUGUACUGCACCAGAGACAGCUUCACCAGCAUGCAGCAGCUGCAGAUGCACGUGCACACGAUGCACAGGGCGAUCCUGAGUGGGGAGAGUCUGACGGUGCCAUCGCCGUCGCCAGGAAGGACGUCGGAGGCGUCUAACGCAUCCAGGGUCCUGGAGAGGCAGGACAAAAUCGAGGGCCAGGAGAAGUCGUCGAGGGAUCAAGAAAGGAGGAUCCUAGAGGACCGCGAGAGAAAGAGGGCCAGGGAUGGGGGGUUCUCCUGUGGACAAUGCACCAUGAGGUUCUCCGGACUGAAUUCCUUGAGGGACCACCUGGUGACCAUCCACAGAAUGGACGGCUUCGGCUCGGCGCUGAUGAUGUGUCCCUUGUGUGGGAUUCCCUGCUCCUCAGCCGCGAGCUACGCGGAGCACUAUGUCCUGAGGCACUGCGAGAACCAGCGGAUGGGGUCGGCAGAGUCGUCCUCGGAUUUUGAGACCGGGAACGGAGCCUUCCCCAGAUCCAGGGAGACGAAGGGUGCCGACAUGGAACCUGCCGACUUGACCAGCAGACACCUGGGGGGAUCUUCCGAUGGUUACUCUGCAGGCACCCUGUUGUGUGGUCAGUGUGGGGCCGCGCUGAAGGACUUCGAGUCCUUCAGGGAACACCUGGCUGGACACCUCCAGGCAGACCACAGGACCCAGGAAACCCCAGGGACCCCCUGCCCUAAGUGCGAGGUCACCUUCCACGACCGGGAGGAGAUGCUCGCUCACCUGACGAAGCAUUACUUGGGACCCACCACCAAGGAGUACGCCUGUGGAGCCUGCAAUAAGUUCUACCCUCAUCCUGACCUUCUUCAGAGGCAUCUGCUGGACUCUCAUGCCCACCACCUGUACAGGUGCGCCCUUUGCAGGGACACCUUCGACUCUAGGGUCGCCAUCCAGGUGCACUUCGCCGUGAAGCACAGCCAGGAGUGCAGGGUCUACAGGUGCAACACUUGUUCCGGAUCCAAGGGAGAGGUUUCGCCAAGUGCCCCGCCGACUUCUACAUCUGACAGGAAUGGAUGCUUUGCCAGUGAGGCUGAAAUGGCGAACCACGUUAGGACCGUCCAUGCUCCCCCUAAGGUGGUCAACGAGAGUCCUGGCCCUGUUCCUGGACGAGGGCGGGACCGGGGAAGUCCUAUUUCUGUCUCUAACCCUGCGAUCCCGGUGCACGGGUCCAACCCUAGAUGCGUUUUCUGUGGACUUUGCUGCUCGUCGGACUUAGAACUGCAGCUGCACCUCGCCAGUCAUUCCAGCGCAUUGUUCCGGUGUCCUGUUUGUCGCGAAGGGUUCGCCGUCGAGUUCCUGCUGGAUAGACACAUCGCCCAGGUGCAUCAUCAACCUGGAGAACGGCAGGCCAACGCGAGACACGUUCCCAGGGAAAAUGGCAGGAUCCAUCAUCGUCCUCCCAGGAUACAGGAAGACUCGAAAUCCCAGAAACGCGGACGUUCCCCGGCGUCCAGCAAUAACAACUCCUUGAACCAAAGGGACAACAACAACAAGCGUGCCAACCUCAGCCUGGGUGUGCAACAGUGCGAGUUGUGUGAACGAGGGGAGUUUGCGAACGAAGCCGAACUCCAGGCCCACAAGAAGCUAGCUCAUGCCCCAGUGAAACUACCAACCAAGUCCCUGCCAUCUUUGAGCCUGACUUGCGCCUACUGCGGCGAAGUCUGCAGGUCGAGAAGCGAGCUGGAGUCGCACACCCGAAUCCAACACGCCUCUAACGAGCCAGGAGGUCGACACAAGUGCAACAUCUGCGACGAGGUGUGUCCCUCCGGUGCCAGCUUGGCGGAGCAUAAGCUGAGGAAGCACUGCAAGAUCCAGCUGAGCGACACCUGCGUCGUCUGCAGGGGCCUCCUGGGUUCAGAAGGCCAGUUCCUCGAGCACAUGCAAAGGCACAGCCUGGAGAACGUGGACCCCCAGCAGAGGCUGGACGGGGCCCUUCCACACCUCCCAGCACCCUGUGUCGUGUGCAGACAGACCCUGGUCAGCGACCUGGAGUGCCGGCUGCACGCCAGACAUCAUCUGGGACCUGGAAUGGGGUCCAGGAGCUCAGGGUCCAGCCCCAGUCCCGGCAGGAAACCUCAGAACCCGGCUUGUUGCCUUUGCCUCCGGGAGUUCCCGCCUGAUGACUUCGUCGGGCUGACUUCCAGCCACUCGGGAACUGGGGGACAACCCCUAAGGGUUUGCAAGCCCUGUUAUGUCAGGCACUCCCAGGGAUUGCCCAUCUUGCACUCUCCGUAUGAACAUGUUGGAAGCUCCAAGGGGGACAAGACCUGGGAUGGCGUCAGGGAUCAACGGGAUGGCGAUGGCUCCUCUAGGAGCGACGACAACAAGCCUGCUGAUAACGCUUUGCCUGCUACUGCUGAUAACAAGAGGUGUGGGGAUUGUGGCGUCAAGUUUGAGGCACCUGAGGAUGCCGAGAAGCACAAAGCAGCGGAACACUACAAGACGACUGAGCUCGACAAGGUCUCGGAGAACGGUCCCAACACCUACACGUGCAUUCAGUGCCAGGUCUCCUACCCUACGGAAGCUGGCAUCAGGCAACACGUGAGAAAGGAACACCUCGAGUCUUCCGAUAAAGGAUCAUUGGAUGCUCUCAGAUGCCACCUUUGCCUCUUCGAAGCCAACAGUCCCCUGCAGUUGCAGGGUCACCUCAUAGAGCACACUUUUGCCGGCUGUGCCGCCCUUAGCUGCUACAUCUGCCAGGCUCUCUUCACAGCACCUAUCGGGCUGCAGAACCACAUGCUCCAACAACACGGCCUAGGUGCUCGUCCCUACGACUGCUCGCACUGCGGCUUGAAGUUCUUCUUCAGGGCCGAGCUGGAUCACCAUGCAGUCACUUUUCAUCGCCGGAAUGAUCCCUCGUCUCCUGAAAAAGGAUCCAAAGGACCUGAAGAACAGCCAAAAAAGGCGGAGAACCAGGAUAUCGGCACCCAUGAUAGUGGUGUUACCGUCAAGGAGGAACUUACCAACGCUGAAGAGGAGGAGGUCAACGUAGACGGACACGCGGAACAGGAACGGCUCGAGGACUCUCUGGAGAACCAGGAUCCUCCGGAAGAGAAGCCCCUGGAGAACCAAAAAAUCACAAAAGAGAACCAGCGUGAAAUUACCGAGUCGUGAUUCAUCCUGAAGAGAGCCAUCUGUGUUCCCUCCAGGUCCGGGGCCAGGGAUUUCCUCUGCGAAGUCCUUGGAGAACAAAUGGCUCCUCUUUCGUCCUGACAGAAGAGGAUGUGAACUCUGUCGCAGCAAUUUGACGUUCUUGACGAUCGGUUAUUUUGGAACCAACCGUACUAUGGUUCUCAUUGUCGAGUCCACAGAUUUUUUAACUGUACGUCUAGAUCGCUAAUAGGGUUUUUUAGCGAUCUAGGUGUACAGGACAGACGCGAAACAUUGUUGGUAUUGUUUUGGAGAGACAGGUCGUUUCUCGAUGUUGAUCGACAUGCUUUUUAUUUCCGUGCUGUUAAGUUUAUUUAGACGUAAGUUUAGCCGAGGCCAACUCUUCGUUUUCUCCACGUUUAUUCGUUUCUAACCGAGGGUGAGAUUUUCUUAUACUGUUGCACCCGAUCCAAUUGUACAUAAUUGUUUCCCAUUAUGUUCUCGAGGGUUUACCGUAAAGAGUAAUUUAUCGGCGUAUAAAUGUAUUUGGCGUCGAAACUCUAAAAACAUUCCAAGGAAGAAAUUGCGGGUAAUGAGGAAAACUCACUUCUUGCCGGCUCGUUAGUUUGUAACUUUUAACCGAAGUCGGUCAAGAGGUACGUUUUAGUAUUAUUCUCCUAGCGUCCUAAUCCUUUCAGUGCUUCGUCCUCGAUUCUCCGAAAUAACUCGUCGAUUAUUCCCCGACCGGGAUUACGUUUAUCCACAAUUUGGACGCGUCCCUCACCCUUGUUACGUUUAACUUAAUUCUAUGUACUCGAAGGUAACAUUUAUUUCGGCACGUUACGUUUAUUUAUUUAGAGGUCUCCGAGUGGAGUGGCUGCUUGCGAGGAUAACUUUGGGUUUAGCGCUAAGCCUUUCGGCUUAAGGUGCAUACAAUGUACGGCGUUAUCGUAUAAGAUUAUUCCUAUCAGAUACGAGGGGACCCUCGGUCGCGUAGGAUCAUUAAUCGCGAUAAACAUUAAUCGACGCGAGUUUAUCCUGUAAAUAGCUCGUACGACAAUUAAACUUUUUUA